CAUGACUCGUACUAAACAUCCACAUUAACUGCUCAUGUUCCCUGUCUUCCUCCCUCCCACACACUUCUUCUGGUUCAGGCCUCGCCGUCUCAGGCCGACAGACAGAGAAUUUAGAUCCAAGUUUAAAAUAACUAAACGAAACCACCCCCAUGUCCAUUAUUUAUCGAAUCGAAUCGACUCAUUUAUCCAACUCUUUCUCUCUUUAGAUAGACUGUCACUGACUCAGUAAUCCCGUCAUCCAUCCAUCUUCUUCUAGGGUUUUGAUUUUGAUAUCGAGACACAACAUAAUGGCUCAAUCAUCAUCAAAUAGAGGAACUAGUAGUAACAGUAAUAGUAAUAGUAGGGUGGUUGGGGAUUAUAUUGUUGGUAAACAGAUUGGAUCAGGUUCCUUCAGUUUCGUAUGGCAUGGAAGACAUCGCGUUCAUGGUCAGGAAGUUGCCAUCAAAGAAAUCAUUAUGGAUCGGUUAUCUAAGAAACUACAGGAGAGUCUUGUUUCUGAGAUUGUGAUUCUCAAGAACAUUAAUCAUCCCAACAUCAUCAGAUUACACGACAUCAUCGAGGUCCAAGGAAGGAUACAUCUUAUACUAGAGUACUGCAAGGGGGGUGAUCUCUCUAUGCAUAUCCUGCGGAAAGGGAAAGUUGCAGAAGCAACAGCAAAACACUUCAUGCAGCAGCUAGCUGCUGGUCUACAAAUCCUCCGUCAGAAUAAUGUUAUACACCGAGAUCUUAAGCCUCAGAAUCUCCUCUUGACCACGAAUGAUGAUCAAGCGGUAUUGAAAAUUGCAGACUUUGGUUUUGCAAGGUCGUUACAGCCUAGAGGUUUAGCUGAAACACUGUGUGGUUCACCUCUCUACAUGGCUCCAGAAAUAAUGCAGUUCCAGAAGUACGACGCAAAGGCAGAUCUCUGGAGUGUAGGUGUUAUCCUUUAUCAACUUGUGAUAGGGAAAACCCCUUUUACUGGGAAUAACCAAAUCCAGUUGCUGCAAAACAUCAUGAAAUCAAAAGAAUUGCAGUUCCCUCCCGAUACUAAGGAAUUAAGCUCUGACCUCACAGAUUUGUGCCGAAAGUUAUUACGUCGUGAUCCAGUGGAGCGAUUAACAUUCGAAGAGUUCUUUGGCCACCUGUUUCUUUCUACCCACAAAUGUAAAGAACCCUCAAGGACAGAGCCAAGGACCAAAGUUGUUAAUGCGGUGGCUGAAUGCAGACUUGGAAGGCAUCCAGAAGCAAGUUCUCAAGACGAUUGUCUGCCUUUCGUUUUAGAUGAUGAUACUAGUGGUCCUGAUGCCAGUCCAUCCAAUCGUUCAUUGAUCGGAUCAAUGAGAUUUGGUGAUGCUAGGCACAGUCAUGAAACAGUUGUUUCAAAUAUUGAGCAUCACAUGGCUUCGUAUGGAAAUAUCAGAGAACCCACUACAACCGCGGACCAAAUACCAUCAGGAGCUUCUUCCAGAGUUAUGGAUUCCCUAGAAAACAUUGACCUGGAGUAUGUACUUGUCCCUGUGCACUCUAUGGAGGACUCAUCUUUAUCAUCAAAUGCAAGCCGGGUUCAUCAUUUGCCUUGCAAAUCUGAUAGUUCUUCUACAGUUUCUCUAUGUAAAAACAGCGUGCCAGUGCCAAUCAGCGGCACAGGAACAAAGAACACCUAUGAAGCUGGGAGCAUGGAAAGCCACAACUCUUUACCUUCCGGGUCAUCUCAAGGAUCCAUGGAUGUGGGAGAUGCUUUGGAUCAGUCAUAUGCUCGUUGUAUGACAAGGAUUAGGUCGUUACAGCAAUCUGCAUCUGCGAUAACGGAAUUAGUUAAUCAGAAGAUUGACUCAGGUAGCCAGUUAGAGGCCUUCUCACUCCAGCUGGUUAAUCUGGCAAUUUGGAAGCAAGCAAUGCAUAUUUGCCAUACUCUGGCUGCGUCAGCUAUUGAUGGAAGUCCUACCCAAGAAACAACUCGAUUCAGGGGAGGAAAAUCUCCAAACUUUGUUGGCACUCAAGGGCCUGAAGCAGUUUGUUCCCAGAUCGAGAAGGAGUUUCUUCUUGAAGUAGGACAUGCUGAGGAGCUUGCUACGGGUAUUGUCCCAGUUGAUGGAAAUGUGGAGAUGCCAGACGCCAUGGAAAUAAUAUUCCAAUCUGCUCUUGCAUCAGGCAGACAUGGCGCUGUGGAUGAGCUGAUGGGGGAGAUGGACAGCGCGGUUGGUCGGUAUUCUAAAGCAGUACAUCUCUUGGUGUUUCUACUGGCGGAGGCACCUUCACUAAUCCUGAAUCCUCCCUUCUCACUCACAAAUUCAGAUAGGUUUCGGCUCCAGUCGUACAUUGAAAUCCUAAAGAACAGGCAAAACCAGUCGAGAUCUCAGAGAAUGUCCGUCUGCAAGAGUGAGGACCAACAAUGAUAUACUUGAUUCUCUGCUCUUUACUGCUGCUGCUGCAAUGCGUUGCUUGGGCUUUUUGAUUGGGUUGAAUUUUUUCGGAUCAUUUAUUGUAGUCUGCAGAUCAAUUAUUGUACAGCAUUCUUAUUAAGUCGCCCUUAAUCUCUCAUAUGAUGACGAUGGUGGUGGUGGUGCUGGUCACCAUGUUGAGUUGUAGACUUUAGCUUGAUGGACUAACCGAUGGAUGCUAAUAUUUUCAUUUUUUUUAUCCCCCAAGUCUGUAUAUCCUAUGAAUCCAAUUGUGCAGGAUGGAUGAAAUCCCUGGAGUGUCUUAGUUUGCUAAAUUUUUGUGGAUCUGGAGGCCACAACCACCCAAAGCAUGAACAUAACUUGGAAAAUUCUAAUUUAUGAAAUAAAUAAUGUACAUACUAGUUUAU